CAUCGUACCCUCUUUACUCAGGUUACUAUGUCUCAGUCUCACUUCUUUUUUUGUUUUACUCGAGUUUUCUUGAGUAUUAAUCAGCGAAAAAACGUAUUUUGAAUAUUUUAUGUUUUGUGUUUCUUCUCUAACUAGUGACUACUUCUAGAUUUCAAAGAACUUAUAAACAAAUUAUUAUAUUAUUUUCUUUUUUCUUUCCAAUUUUGUAUUUCUUCCUUCUUAACAAUAGCUUUAAGCUAGGCUUCUUUUUCUCUUUAUAACGUCAAAACUGAUUAGUUUGUUAGGAAAUUGCAGAGGCAAAUUAAAGUAAUGAUAGUGUAAACCAUGAAUUUGUCAAAAUCCAGAAAUUUUUUCUAAUGAUUUCCUCUUGUUAAGUAUGUAAAAAUAAUAAUUAUGUCAAAGACUCAAAAGAAGACAAAGAUCUGAAAAAGUAUUUCCUGAAUCAUGGAACCUGAGAAAUAAUAUUCAACAAAAAAAGUAAUUAAUUAUCUAGGGUUAUAACGUUUUUUGCUUCACAGUUGUGAUAAGUAAAAAAAAAACAUAGUUUGUGUUGCUUCCUCUUAUUCUGUUUUUCAUAUGAGGAGACCAUUCGGUUCUUUGUUUCUUAGUGUGUUUCUAUGAAAACGUUUCCAUCUUUCAGGUAUUUUCUGAAGUUAAAAGAUAGAAAUAAUGUCUGAAAAGGUGGGAGCGAUGGGUGGUAACAAGGGUGGAGCAUUCGACGAUGGUGUUUUUGAUGGUGUGAAGAAAGUAAUUGUUGGAAAAGACUUCAACAAUGUAACUUAUAUCAAGGUUGAAUACGAAAAGGACGGAAAAUUCGAAAUUCGUGAACACGGGACUAAUCGCGGGCAGCUAAAAGAGUUUUCAGUGGAUUAUCCGAAUGAAUAUAUCACAGCCGUUGGUGGAAGCUACGACACUGUUUUCGGUUACGGAUCAGCGUUGAUCAAGUCAUUACUCUUCAAAACCUCUUAUGGAAGAACCUCUCCAAUCCUUGGUCACACGACAUUACUAGGGAAUCCAGCUGGGAAAGAAUUCAUGCUCGAGUCCAAAUAUGGAGGAAAGCUUCUUGGUUUCCAUGGACGUUCUGGUGAAGCUCUUGAUGCCAUUGGACCUCACUUCUUUGCUGUGAACUCUUCUCUUAAGCACUUUAAACCGCAAGGUGGGAAUGGAGGGAGUGCUUGGGACGAUGGUGCUUUUGAUGGUGUUAGAAAAGUGCUUGUUGGGCGAAAUGGUAAGUUUGUGAGUUAUGUCAGGUUUGAGUAUGCGAAAGGAGAAAGAAUGGUACCACAUGCUCAUGGGAAGAGACAAGAAGCUCCACAAGAGUUUGUAGUGGAUUAUCCUAAUGAACAUAUUACAUCGGUCGAGGGAACAAUCGAUGGUUACCUUUCGUCGCUGAAGUUUACGACAUCAAAAGGAAGAACCUCCCCUGUUUUUGGGAAUGUGGUCGGUAGUAAAUUUGUGUUCGAAGAAACAAGUUUUAAACUUGUUGGGUUUUGUGGUCGAUCCGGUGAAGCUAUUGAUGCUCUUGGUGCACAUUUUGCCCCUCUUCCUGCUCCCACUCCAGCUCCCGCGCCCGCGCCCGCGCCCGCUCCAGCUCCAGCUCCCUCGCCCGCUCCCGCUUCUGCGCCCGUUCCAGCUCCCGCACCCACGCCCGCUCCAGCUCCAGCUCCUCCUAACAAAGUGGAAGCUCUAGGAGGAAAUGGUGGAACAAUAUUUGACGAUGGUGCUUUCGAUCAUGUAAGAAAGGUUUAUAUUGGUCAAGGUGAUUCUGGUGUAGCUUAUGUGAAGUUCGAAUACAGAAAAGAUGGGAAAAGAGAGACACGGGAGCAUGGAAAAAUGACAGUGUUAGGAACAGAGGAGUUUGAGGUUGAGUCUGAUGAUUACAUCACAUCAAUUGAAGUUUCUGUCGACAAUGUCUUUGGUUUUAAGAGUGAAAUCGUCACUUCUCUUGUCUUCAAGACCUUUAAGGGAAUAACCUCACAACCUUUUGGAAUGGAGACUGAGAAGAAAUUGGAACUUAAAGACGGUAAAGGAGGAAAACUUGUGGGAUUCCAUGGGAAAGCUAGUGAUGUUCUUUAUGCUCUUGGCGCUUAUUUCGCUCCAACAACAAAUUCAACUACGCCAUCGACUCCUUCUACAUCUAAGAAACUACAAGCAAGAGGUGGAAAUGGAGGAGCUUCUUGGGAUGAUGGUGUUUUUGAUGGUGUUAGAAAGAUACUUGUAGGUCAAGGAAACGAUGGUGUAGCUUUCGUUACGUUUGAGUACAACAAAGGCUCUCAAGCAAUCCUCGGUGAUCGUCAUGGGAAGCAAACAUUACUUGGAACUGAAACGUUUGAGCUUGAUUAUCCAAGUGAGUACAUCACUUCGGUAGAAGGUUACUAUGACAAAAUUUUCGGAGUUGAAGCUGAAGUGGUGACGAGUCUAACGUUCAAGACUAACAAGAGAACGUCUCAGCCGUUUGGAAUGACUGCUGGGGAACAUUUCGAGCUUAACGAGGACGGUUACAAGAUCGUUGGGUUCCAUGGCAAAGCUGGUGAUUUGGUUCAUCAGAUCGGAGUCCAUGCCGUGCCCAUUUUCACCAAUUACAGAUGUGUUUUCUAGUUUCUUUCUCUGAUGAUUCCGUUAAAUAAGGUCCAUGGACCAUGGUUAUGGAUUUGUGUGUGUUUCACUGUUUUAGUGUCAAUGCUUUAUGCGAUCAUGUGAUGUUAUGCCUUCAUGGUAUUUGAUCACUAAUAAAGGAUUUUUCUUGUC